AUGUCACAAUAUAUAGCUAAUCAGUUAGUUUUCUCAGAUGAAUCAGCUUAUGAUAGAAGAACUCUCUCACGUCGUUAUAGUUGGAGUUUUUUAGGACAUCGUGCACAAAAAUUUACAUUUUUUGUUCAAAAAAAACGAUUUACUAUUGAGGGUGCAUUAUGUAUUAAUGGUCUUUUAGCAUAUAGUAUUCAGGAGGGCUCUAUGAAUACUCAAGAUUAUGAAAAUUUUAUUGAAAAUGUUUUAGUAAGACAACGUUUACAUGAUUUAUGUCAAGAAAAAGGUGUUAAAUUGGAAUUUUUACCACCUUAUUCACCUGAUUACAAUCCUUAUUAUUUACGCCAAAAUCAGGAAUGGGCAGAGUCAGUAGAAGACCCUUUAGAGGUUUUAGAUCUUACCUGUAUGACAAUUAGUACAAAUUUAGCUUGUACAUGUUUUCAACAUAGUGGAUAUUUGCGAUAA